AUGCCACCGAAAACAGCCAAGAAGACGCCGACGGGACCAGGCACGAAGCGGGCUGCACGGGCUCGGGCGACGCAGAAGACCCAGGUCCAGACUGAGGAGUCGAACGUGAAAGCCGAAGAGAUGGUUGAGGAACAGAAGACAGUGGUUGUGAUCGAGGAGAAUGAGGUAACGGAGAUGGGGAAAGAGGCGAAGGAGAAGGAGAACGCUAUAAAGGCUUCUGGUCAGAAGGAUGACGAGGUGAAAGAAUCUAUUGAUGAAUAUGAAACGGGUGAAAGAUUAGAUUUGGAGGAUAAUGAGCCUGACUACGAACCUGAAGAGUAUGUUGGUGUAGAUUAUGAUGAGAAGGAAAUUGAGGAAGAUGCUCAGGAAGAGGGGGACGAAGUAGGUGAAGAACUCGAGGAGGGGGAUAUUGGUGAAGAAGAAGAGGGUGAUGUUAUUGAAGAGGAAAUAGAAGAUGUGCAGGAAGAACUUGAGCCGGAGGAAGCUGAGGAGCAUGCUGAGAUGGUUGAUGCUAAUGAAGAAGAAGAGCAUCACAAAGUUUUUAAAGAAAGGCGCAAGCGGAAGGAAUUUGAAAUUUUUGUUGGGGGAUUGGACAAGGAUGCUACUGAGGAUGAUCUUAGAAAAGUCUUCAGUGAAGUUGGUGAGGUUACUGAAGCCAGACUUAUGAUGAAUCCUCAGACAAAGAAGAAUAAAGGUUUUGCAUUCUUGCGUUUUGCAACUGCAGAACAAGCAAGACGAGCUUGUUCUGAGCUGAAGAACCCAGUGAUUCAUGGAAAGCAAUGUGGUAUUACUCCAAGUCAAGACAGUGAUACUUUGUUUUUGGGUAACAUAUGCAAGACAUGGACAAAGGAAGCAUUGAAAGAGAAGUUGAAUCACUAUGGUGUGGAGAACAUUGAUGAUUUGACAUUGAUUGAAGACGCUAACAACCAAGGUAUGAAUCGAGGUUUUGCCUUCUUGGAAUUCUCCUCGCGAUCCGAUGCCAUGAUUGCUUUUAAGCGUCUACAGAAGAGGGAUGUCAUGUUUGGAGUUGAUAGGCCCGCUAAGGUUUCCUUUGCAGAUUCCUUCAUUGACCCCGGUGAUGAAAUCAUGGCUCAGGUUAAAACUGUGUUUGUGGAUGGUCUUCUUGCUUCUUGGGACGAGGAUCACAUUCGGAAACUUCUUAAAAAAUAUGGGACAAUUGAAAAAGUCGAGCUAGCCCGCAACAUGCCAUCUGCCAGGAGAAAAGAUUUUGGAUUUGUCACAUUUGAUACCCAUGACGCAGCAGUUAAUUGUGCUAAAAGAAUCAAUAAUGAGGAAUUGGGUGAAGGAGAUAAUAAGGCUAGAGUUAGGGCCAGGCUUUCCAGACCACUCCAAAGAGGCAAAGGUAGACAUAGUUCUCGGGCAGAUUUUUGGCCUGGCCGUGGAUCGGUUCGAGGUGUUAGGAGUCCAUGGAGCCGUCCAGUUCCGCAUAGUAUCCCCCUCCGUGGGACAAGAGGCUAUGGAGCACGUCUUCCACCCAUAGUUGAUCGUGGUUUUAAAAGGCCUGCCACUAUACGUGAUAGACGACCAGUUAUGACAAUGCCUCCUAGGACUAGACCACCGGCUCCGUUACCGAGGUCCUAUGACAGGAGACCACCUGUUUCAGUUUAUCCCAAGAGCGGUUUGAAGAGGGACUAUGCUCACCGUGAGGAGCGUCCCCCUAGGAGCAUGGCUGCCACGGAAUAUAGUUCUAGAGUUCCACCGGAUAGACUCUCGUCAUAUAGGGACAACUAUUCUCCUCGUGGAUCCAGUUACCCUGAUUUGCCGAGAGGUGGUACAUCUCGCCCUGCCGCAAGAGGUUCUUAUGUUGAUGAUACUUACAGCCAAAGGUAUGAAAGGCCACCUCCAACUUACCGUGAGGGACGAGGACGUGAAUAUGAUUCUGUAUCUGGGUCAAAACAUCCGUAUGCUGCAGUGGACGAUGUUCCUCCUCGCUAUGCUGAGGCAGGAGUUCGCCAUUUGCGUCCUCGUUUGGAUUAUGAUCUUGGUGGAAGCGCUUCUCAAUAUGCUUCUGAUGCUUACAGUGAUAGGCUUGGUAGGUCAAAUCUAGGAUAUGAUGGUAGCCAAAGGUCCCUCUCCAGUCAAGAUUCUCAGGGGCCAUACGAUAGUCGUCAAGGAAUGAGCUAUGGUGGAGGCUCUUAUGGUGGUAGUGAUGUUAGUGGGAUGUACUCAUCAAACUAUGGUAGUGAUUACAUGUCCCAAGGAAGUGAUGUUGGUGGCAGCUCCUACUCAUCACUCUACUCUGGACGAAGCAUGGGUGGUAGUAGCUAUAUGGGAAGUGGUGGCUCCGGAUCAUAUUAUUGA